UCAAAGAAGAACAGCAACACUCCAGACAAAAGGCAACUCCCUAGGGCAGCUGGAGGAAGAAAGCUGAAACCCUCCGAUGCUGCGGCACAAGAGUGGUCAACUGAAAACUACAAUUCCCAGCAUGCCUUUUGGCGAGGGAGCAGGAACCGGAAAUGUAGGAGGAGGCGGGGCCUAUUGUGCGCGGCUGCGGCCACCGCGGACGCUGCGUGAGGUGACGGAAUCAGGGUGAAAAGAACCGAGGACUAAGAUUAUGGAAUGGAAACUGGAAGAGAGUGCUUGGAAAACAGAGCCUCAUGUGCCAUGGAGGCAGGAAGGCAUCCCAGAGGACACGGGUGAAGAUGGCAUCUCUGAAAGCUUUCAGCUUCUGCAGAUUGAUGUGGAAUGUGAACCCCAAGAGGAAGAGACCCAGCCCACAAACCCUGCAAUGUGGUGCUCAAAAAAUGUCCAAAGAAAACAGAGACACUGGGAAAAGAUAGUUGCAGCAAAGAAGAGCAAAAGAAGGCAAGAAAAAGAAAGAAGAAAAGCCAAUCGUGUAGAAAAUCCAGGUGUCUCCCCCCAGCACAGUAAACGUUUUCUGAAGUCAUUAACCAAGGAGAGACUUCUAGAAGCCAAACACUCAGGACCAAGACUCUGUAUCGAUUUAAGUAUGAGCCACCACAUGUCUAAGAAGGAAUUAAGUAGACUGGCUGGACAGAUCCGACGAUUAUAUGGUUCAAAUAAAAAAGCUCACAGGCCAUUUUGGAUUUGCCUCACUGGGUUCACAACAGACAGUCCCCUAUAUGAAGAAUGUUUGCGGAUGAAUGAUGGAUUUUCUAGUUACCUGCUGGACGUAACAGAAGAAGACUGCUUCAGUUUAUUUCCUCUGGAAACCCUUGUGUACCUGACUCCUGACUCAGAACAUGCUCUUGAAGAUGUUGAUCUAAACAAAGUUUACAUCAUUGGUGGACUUGUGGAUGAAAGCAUUCAGAAGAAGGUGACAUUCCAAAAGGCCGUAGCACACUCUGUCAAGACGGCCCGCUUGCCAAUCCAGGAAUACAUGGUCAGACGCCAGAAUGGAAAAAAUUAUCAUUCAGAGAUACUGGCCAUCAAUCAAGUGUUUGAUAUCCUGUCUACUUACUUUGAAACUCAAAACUGGCCUGAAGCAUUGAAGAAGGGAGUUUCUUGCAGAAAAGGCUAUGUUCUUCAGAACUCAGUGGCAUGAUGGACAGUCUAAGAUCACAAGUACAUGUGGCGAAAUUGCUGCAGAGGCCUUGACCAAGAAACAGAGCAGAGGGUAGCAAUGGGACACACUUGCCUUUGACAUCUUGGGUCUUCAGGAGCAAACAAGUUACUAAUAACAAGGGACCACAUUUUAUGCCCUACUGUAUCUCCCAGAGUGCCUGGCCCACGGAAAGUGCCCAGAUACCUGUUGACUAAGAAAAAGUUUACAUAACAACGAAUUAACCCUAAAACAACAUGGCUUUGGAUGUGUUAAUUCAUUUUUUUUAUAUGUAUUUGUGGAAAGCUGUCUCUUUGUAUAGUCAUCAUUACAUUGAGUUUAAUUCACACUGACACCAUAAAGUUACAAACUUUCUCCAAUCUCCUCUGAUCAUGCCAACUUCUCCAAACUCAGGUAUGCACUGUGUUAAGCCCUAGCCCUGGUUUAUACCCCAUAGUACUUUCUUGCAGCCUCUGGUUCCCGCCCUGUUCUCCCUUGUUCUAAGAAAGUGUAUGGCUUUAUUAUUUCUGAUGGCUGCCUCCUUUAUGAUAGUGUCUUUGUAUCCAUUUGAACCUUGUAUAUUCUUCAGACAUGUUUAUAAUAAACAGGUCAAAUUGAAAAGCAGAUACACAGUAUUUUCUUUUUUUAAAUGGCUGAAAAAUACAUUACCUCUGAUGGUAGCAUGGUUGAUAACCUCUUACUACACAAAUCUCAGUGAUCCCUCUUUGCUUGUGUCCUAGUUAGACAAAGUUGCUUCAAUUACUUAGGAUAGUUUGGUUAGUAAACUUGAUAUCUAAGCUGCCACCAAGUUCAGAAAAUGUAUUCUGUAUCUCAAGAAAAAAAGUCUGCUCUGUCCCCUCCCUGUCACAAUUUAAUCCCUCCAGAGCUGUGAUCACUUUUAAUUUUCUUCUUAUUUAAGAACAGCCCCUUCUUUAGCCUUUAUCAUAUCAAUGCUGAUAAACUUGCCAGUCAAAAGAGCCCCUCUAUUAAUGGUUUCAGGGGGUUGCAAUGCUCACAUUCUCAGGAAUGUCUUUGAACUUAGAACCAUUAGCUUACAUCAUUUGUCAGGCUUCACUUUGACCUCUAAAGACUUUGUUUAA